GCAGCUUGUCUUCGUUCGUGUUGAUGUCUUCUGAACUUAGAUACACUGCCAACACACAGUUAGAGCACCUCCACGCACGAUACACGGGGACUGGUCACGCGGAUGUCUCAAAAUACGACUGGGUGACGCAUCAGCACAGGGAUACGUUGGCGUCCAUUGUGGGGCACCCCACGCUGACAUCGUUUCUGGCGAUCGCGGACGGGCAGUCGAUUGGUCGCAUCAAGUUUGAGAUGGCAGAGAAAAUGCUGCAGCCUUGUGGCCCUCCCCCACGCAAAGACGAAGAUUGACGCUUUGAAAGGGAGCAGUAGUCUGUAAUGAGACCAGAUAUAGUAGUCCCUUUGUGCUUUGGAUCUAGGCUUUGACCCAUAAGAUUGACAUGGGAACUUUUCGCUCAUCGGGCCGCAGACAUCGGUUGAUUGUAACGUCCCGAUUAGGAAGCACAUGUCCAAGCAAAGCGCAUUGACUCUCGACUUCUUCCACGACCCCCCAACCAUUGUACUAUCCUUUCGCCAGGUGGCUUUGCCCUACCUACAAUCCCUAUAAUGGCGGCCAUGGAUCUCGUUCGCUCGCUUUCGCUCGCCUCCUCGUCCCCGGAGUCGUCGUCUUUGCAUGCUGCCUCGAAAUCCCCAACUCCAGAGCCCCAUUACAGACUAUCCAGACUAAACACCCCACCUCUUAUCCCCCCAGUCCGCUCCCCCUCUCUCAUUUCUCGCUCUGUGUCUGCUGGGAUGCCAUUCGCCUUCAAGAGGACGGAAUCGAAGGAAAAAGAGAGAGCUCGUGACAUAGAGAAACAAAGCCGUUCCCCGGAGCCAGAGGACCGCCCUUCAAGUCGCUUUGGAUUCACUCUUCGCAAGAAAGUGUCCCUGGCGUCGCUCAGACCGGGCGGGCACGAUGAAACAAUGCUGUCCCGCUCCGUUUCAGCAACCCCUAGUAUCCCCCCCAUUUCCGCCCCCACGGUGACCCCGCCCAGCGAGAACAAGGUGGCAAUCGUACUCACUUCCUCAAAUGAGGGAGAGGAAGAUGAGGAUAUCAGUGAUUUGGAGGAGGAGAAGACGGGCAAGGUUCCAGAGCGGUUCGUCAAGAGGAACGGGUUUAGGACGCGACACAAGAUGAAGGUGCAUCCGUACGAUGCACCAUAUAUGCUAGCGUUUGAUCCAGUGGUCCUUGAGGCAGAACGGUACGCGCAUUACCUUCUUCGCCGGCUGCUACCCUCCGGCUCGCCGACAUUCUACCUCUACUCGACGCCACCCUCGAGCGUGCUCGACCUUGGCUGCGGGCAAGGGAUGUGGCUAAACGAUGCUGCACGCCUCUGGCGCUCCACCAACUUUUUUGGUUUUGAUCUGGUUGACGUGACGAUACCUGCUAUAACCGACGGCUCGCUUCCCAACGUUCGCUUCGUUCGCGGAGACUUCAACCAGUUCGCGUUGCCAUUUUCCAAAGAUCAAUUCGAGCUCGUUCGCGUCGCCAAUCUAUCGCAUUGCAUUCCCCACGAUAGGUGGGAGUUUGUUCUGCGUGAGAUCUAUCGGGUGCUGGUGCCUGAUGGUAGAUUGGAGUUUCUGGAUGACCAGGCAGUCUAUAGCUUUGGCGAGGCACCGACGGAGGAGGAGGAGGAGGAGGAGGAUGUCGCGGCCCGAACAUUAACACCCAACGCCAACACGCCACGGCCGCAUCAACAAGUCUCAGAGUUCUUUGACUCGGACGAAGACGACGACAACGACGACGAAGAAGACGGGGUCAUUAUGACGCCCUCUUUCGACUCGGGCUCGGACUCUGCUUCUGAGCGGUCGUCUUUCACGGACGCAUCUACCCUAAUCGGGGAUCCUUCUGAGCGGGGCUCAGUUGAACUGAAGAAGGGUCUGGCCCCGGGCGCUAUUUCGCUCGAAUACGAGCCUGUCCAUCGUCCCUUCAGUGGCGUUGACCACUUGAUUAUCUCCAUUCCGCCCUCUGAAAAACCAUCCGUGGUCGUCAAUGUUGUCGUUGAUGGGCAAGACUCUCCGUCGACACCGAUGGGUCCUCUGGAUGCUUCUCUGGCCGCUGCAGCUGCCGUGCCUGUCCCCUUGACACCCACCACGGACGUCUCCGAGGCGCAUGAAACCCCUUUCACUCGAUGGACCACGCGCCGCACAGCAUCUCGAGAUCUGGAACGGGUGUUCCAGCGCAUGAUCGCGUCACAGCACAAGAUGCAUACCCGACCAGCUGACCUGGUAGGAUCCCUGCUCUCGCGGAUAUUCGCUGAGGGCGAAGGGUCCGGGGGUCGGAAAGGAAAAGUGGAUCAGCCGGAGACCAUGCAUCUGAAACUUGCGCCGAUAGGGGCGGAAGAACGUCCAGGUGUAGUUGUCCGGGGGCUUGUCUCUCAUGCCAAGCCGCGGAUGAGCACCGAUUCUGUGAGGAAGGUGCCGAAGGUCUCCGAAUCGGCUAAAGUGCUGGAUUCGCCUGUCCCCUCUGGUCUCAGUGCCAAAGCUGCUGAGCGCUUGGGCAUCGUUGGUUCCGGUGCACCUCCGAUCAAACGGCCGCGAGCGCUCUCAGCCGAGUUCUCAGACGAUGAAGACGAAUUUGACGAAGCAGAUCGUCCGGCUGAGAAUCGUUUCCCGCGACCGACUCUGGGGCGAGGCAGCUCGAGUUGGGUUGCCCCCGGUGAAUGGGACGCGCCUCCAGUCCCUAUCGCACGAUCGAAUGCCACUUUGCUCGUCGAUUCUCCGAGCACAAAGACCAUCGGUCCUUCUGCCAGCACUCGCACGAUCACCGGUGCUAGCAGCACGAAGACCAUCAAACAGAUGACGCUGCGUCCGAGUUCAGCUUCACGGGCCGAGUCGACUCAUAAAAGGGGUGGCUCGGCUGCGUCGACGCACAGCACAUUGAGCGUAGCCUCCGGGUCCUGGAAUGAAGCGGAUUCCGGGCCGCCACGAUACUCAAGCGGGCGUAGACAGCAUCCUGGGUUGAUUCUCUGGCCGUCGACGUUCAUACCAGUCCCACCGCUCGAGUUGGAGAUGCACGCCACGCGACACAUGCAGACGCUUCUUGCCUGCAAGCCUGCUUUGGCUGAAUUCGUCGCAGCACAUGUUGAUCCCGUGACUGGUCAGCCAGUUGUUUCGGACCAAGAGUUCGAAGACGCUAUUUGGGACUACGAAUGGUUUGUUUAUGGAAUUAUGUGCUGCCUCUGUUCUGAUUCACAUGACAGUUUCCGUCGUCCGAGGUACAACUGGCCUGAGCUGCCCGAAGCUCGUUUAGAAGAAGAAACCGAAGAAGACACGUUUCCGCUGUCUACCGCCCGCAGCAGUCACCAUGCUGCUGCCGGCGCACCGCCGAAGAUGGAGACUCCAGUUGAAAAGAUCACUGGACGUGCUCCAUUUGAACAAUUUGAGCUCACCCAUGUUCGGACAAUACGCGUUCUCGGUGCUGUCAAGGGCGGUGUUUGAUCUGCCUUGACUUGGACUCUCUUGUUUUUACGACACGAUCCUUGACGAUUACUUGAGUGGCCUUGAUCCGCCACCCUCACGCUCCUUGCAUCUCUGUACUCUCUCGCACUCUCACUUUCGUUUUUGUCUCGCAGUCAUCCCUUGCAUCGCAUUCGGAGUUUCCUUUACAUUAUCUUGUUUAUUUUGUAGACUACGAUACUUUCUUGUACUAGAACAAAGGUGGAAUGGAGUUGUCUCGAUACUUGGAACUGACCAAAGUGUACUGUC